AUGGCGCAUGUCAUGGCACCUGACUUGGAACCUUGGGAUCAAAUUCCUGCCCAAGCACCAUGGGAAGACAACCACCUGGAGUCGGAGCCCAAGCCACACCCUGCCUCUGAGCAAUUCCGAGUGCUCUUGGACCAGCUGCUCCAGCAACACCUGCAGGAGCUUAGCCGCGCGAAACUUGGAGCGUUUGUCUCCGCCUCCAGAAGUGUCAGUGGGGAUGUUGGACACGUCGGGACUCUGGGGAGGGACCGGCGGAACCUGGUACGAGGCACCUCUACAGUGUCAAACAGCAAUGGGCCGAAUGUAGCCGUUCGCAAGACCACAAUCCUGAAUGCACUGGGAGCUGGGAGAAGAUCGAAGCGACUGCACGACCAAGAGCAGCACGAUUUCCUAUAUGACCAAGAUCCUGAUCAAUCGAUGAUAAUGGAUGAGAAAGAUGAGAACUGGGAGAACCUGUCCUUGCUCCAAAGAUGGCAACAAAGGUUUCUCUCAUACAAAUAUGACAUGGUCAUUGCUUUCGCCCUUGCCUUAAACGUGCUGUGGAUGGCCUUUGAGCUUCAAGUGGCCGGCUCUCGCUCUGGAUUUUCUGUGAGUGUUUAUGCCCAGCAAAUGUCAGAGCAGGACUGGCAAAUCUGGGAGAACACCUUUGUGGUGGUAAACCUGUCUUUUACCGGCUUCUUUUUCCUGGACGUGCUUGUGCGCAUUUGCGUGCUGAGGUUGGAGUUUUGGAAGCACUGGAUGAACUACAUUGACCUUGUCGUAGCUUUACUCACGGGCUUGGAGGUUUUUGCCUUUUUUUCAGCUGCUGGAUUGCCAGUCGAUCCCAUCAUGCUUCGGAUUGUUCGGAUGGGAAAACUAGCCCGCGCAACGAGGCUCGUCACGCUGAAUAGUGUGCUAACUUCCCUGGAGCUUCUCAUUAAGUACUUGGCGGCGUCCACCCAGAUGCUUUUUUGGAGCUUUUGUCUGCUAACAUUUAUUCAAUGUGUGGCUGGCAUCCUGGCGAGCACCCUUUGCCUCGAGUUCAUCAACAAUGUCGACAAUGAUGAGAUGAUUAGAAAGGAAGUCUAUUUAUACUAUGGUACCUUCACGCGUACUUUUCUGACUAUGUUUGAGGUGUUAUUUGCAAAUUGGGGACCGCCCUGUCGUGUGCUGGUGGAAAACAUCAGCGAAUAUUUCUCCAUAUUCUUCCUUCUCUAUAGGUGCGUCUUGGGUUUUGCUGUGCUCAACGUUGUCAACGCGGUUUUUGUACAGCAGACAAUCAAGACCGCCAGCUCCGACGAAGAACUUGCCUUCAAACAAAAAGAGCGAGAUAUUGCCAUGUACACUAGGAAAGUCAAAAACUUGUUUUUUACCUUGGACACCUCCGGCGAUGGAUGCAUUGACCAGGAAGAGUUCAGCAAACUUGUGAAACAUCCAAUGCUCAAGUUUUGGAUGAGCCAAUUGGAGUUGGAGUACCAUGACUUGCUUUCUCUUUUCGAGUACCUCGACAACGGUGACGGCGAAAUUACUUUGAUGGAAUUCAUAGAAGGUGCCACUCGGCUUCGAGGUUCUGCCAAAGCCUUGGACAUUUGGCGCAUGGAGACAAAAGUGGAAAUGCUAUUUGAACAGUUAUUUGGCGUCCUGAAGGACCCCCAUUCCUGA